AUGACGACAAAGCCAGAGGAGAGUGAGAGAGCCACGAUAAGUGUGACUGAUCUCAGCAAGCACAACACCAAGUCGGACUGCUGGAUAGCAGUACACUCCAAAGUCUGGGAUAUCACAGACUUCAUCAACGAGCAUCCGGGAGGCCCGUCGGUUCUUCUACAGUGCGCUGGCUCAAAUGCCACAAAGAUAUUCGAUGAAGUCCACGCACCAGAUAUCCUGGAGGAGCUACCAGACGAGAAGUUCAUCGGCAUACUGAAAGAUGCCACUCCAGACGUGCCUGCAGCAGCAUCGCAACCAGAGGGUGUUAAUGGCACAUCAUCUGCCCCCGCCGAGACUUCGAAGCACUCUUCUGCCGACGAAGACACCAUCCCGCCUCUAGAGGCCAUUAUCGGUGCGCCAGAUCUAGAAGUUGUGGCCUCGAAAGCGCUGACGCCAAAGACAUGGGCCUUCUACUCAUCUGCGGCUACCGAUCUGAUCACACACCGAAACAAUAAGCAACUCACAAGAAGAAUUAUGAUCCGGCCAAGGAUUCUAAGAAAUGUCUCGCAUAUUGAUAUGAAGACGAACAUUCUUGGAUUCGAAAGCUCAGCCCCGUUCUUCAUCUCGCCUGCCGCGAUGGCAAAGCUUGUGCAUCCAGAUGGCGAGCUGGCUCUCAGUCGCGGUGCAGCAAAUGAAGGAAUUAUUCAAUGUAUUUCGAGCAAUGCAUCCUACACCCUCAAGUCUAUCGUAUCCGCCGCGCCGCCAUCACAGCCCUUCUUCUUCCAGCUUUACAUCAACUCAGAACGUCACAAGACGAUCGAGAUCCUCCGAUCGGCACGUGCACUGGGCAUAAAAGCAAUCUUCGUGACCGUCGAUGCCCCCGUCCCUGGAAAGAGAGAGGCAGACGAGCGUGCAGCUCAAGCAGGAACGAUCCGAGCAGCCAUUAGCGGCGCUGAAAGUAGCAAGGACAAGAAAGGCAGCGGGCUCGGCCGCUUAAUGGCGCAAUACAUCGACAAGUCGAUUACAUGGGAGGAUCUAACCUGGAUCAGAGAGGCUAGCGGAGUACCAAUCGUCCUCAAGGGUGUUCAAACUGCAGAUGAUGUCAGGUUAGCGGUUGAGUACGGGGUUGAAGCAGUCUUCCUGAGCAACCAUGGUGGUCGAUCUUUGGAUGGAUCGCAAGCCUCUAUCCUAGUUCUGCUAGAGCUCCGAGAACAGUGUCCCGAAAUUUUCGAGAAGCUCGAAGUCUACAUCGAUGGCGGUUUCGAGCGCGGCUCGGAUAUCCUCAAAGCAAUCGCCCUCGGAGCUACAGCUGUGGGCAUCGGGCGACCGUUCUUGUACUCUCUCGUGUAUGGCCAAGAUGGUGUAGAGCAUCUCUCUCAAAUUCUGAAAGACGAGUUGGAGACUUCGAUGAGACUUUGUGGCAUUACCAGCCUCAGUCAAGCUGCGCCCGCGAUGGUGAACACUCUAGAUAUUGACCAUUUGGUAGUUUCUGAGCAUAGAGCACGGCAAAAGAAGCCUGUGAGAAGGCCAAGAUCAAAGCUCUAG